AAAAUCGCGGAGCUGAUCCAGGAACGCGAGCUUUGCCAGUUACACCACGGAUCAGGAGCAGGGAAUUGUGAGGAAGGGAUGUAUCACCGGGCCGGGGAGACCCGGCAACAUCUAACUGUCCAACUCGCUGACUCAAAAUCCAAACUACGGCGCCUUCGGCAGGAACUGCAGGAGAAGAGUGAGGAGUUGGAGGACUGCAAACAGGAACUGGACGAACUGCAGCAGGAUUGCAAACGGCUCCAGAAACAGAACCGGGAGCUAGUCUUGGAGGCCCGAGCAGCCAGGACUUAUCGGGAUGAGGUGGACGUCCUCCGGGAGAAGGCCACCCGUGUGGACAGGCUCCAGAGUGAGGUGAAGGCCUACAAGGAACGUCUGAACAGCAUUGAGUUCUACCGGGGCAAGGUGGAG